UUUGGGGAAGACGUGGAGUGGGAGUUGGGGGUGGGGGCAUCGACAAAGAGCCGAGUUCCCCAUUCUCUGAGCUCACCCUUGCGUGUAUACAGGGGUGUGGAUGUUAGAGAGGGACUGAGCAGGUGAGUGAGCCAUGUGUGUCCCCUGGGAUGUCAGCCAGGCCCAGCUCCUGGACAGUCUCCUAGGGCUGGGGGCACUCGGAGUGACCAUUGGAACAGUCUUCUCGGCAGCUGGCAUAGCGCUGCUGCUCCUGCUGCUGUUCAGCUUCCUCGCUUUUGACCUGCUUCACGGGCCCUCAGGUCCCACGCCACUACGACAUAGACUUCUCCCAAUGGGUCAGAGCCAGGGGGCUGGUGAAGGCCCAGGACGGCAGGCAGCUCCCCUCUUCCCAACAGGCAUAGUCUCAGGACUGCUCAGUCUCCAGGAUGCACUGCUCCUGCUGUUCCUGGGCCUGGGCCUGUUCUUGGGAGGCUCUGGUAUACCCUUAGCCCUGCUGGGCCUAGCUUUCUGCCUCCAUCCUUGGGACUAAGGGCCCUCCGAAAACUGAAUACCUUCUAAAAAUACAUCAGCCAUUCUGCUUUCCCA